AUGUUCAUUAAUCAACCUUAUGAUAAAAAUCUUUUUGAAAAAGUUUUUAUUCUUUGUUGGCAAACCUGGAAAACAAGAAAUGACAUUGUCUUUAAAGAUAUAAUUGUCACAACUUCAAAAGUCGUGGCAAUUGCUACUAGUUACCAGAACGAAGUCUUGCUCACUGAUGAUGUUAUUGAGGAGGGAAUCAACCAAACCACUCCUACCACCAUAGGGUGGUCUCCUGCUCUCAAUUCACACAUCAAGAUCAAUUUUGAUGGCUCAGUUCAAGGGAAUUCAGUUGCAGGAGGAUAUGUCUUCAGGAACCAUGAAGGCAAUGUUAUUAUUUCUGGAGUUAAAAGAUUGGGAAGGACAACUAUACCAACUGCUGAAGCUGUAGCGCUAAGAGAUAGCUUAGUCAAAGCAAAAGAACAAGGUUACCAUAAUAUCCAAGUGGAAAGCGACUCAAAACUGGUAAUAGAUGUUGUUAAUGGGAGAAUUAGCACCCCUUGGAGACUGCUCAAGAUCAUUCAAGAUAUCAAGAACAUCGCAAGAUCCUUCUCUUCUAUUUCUUUCAACCAUGUGUAUGGAGAAACCAACUUUGUGGCGGACGCCAUGGCUCAUGAAUGA